CUAGCAAUCAAUUGCAAUAAACAGAGCUACCCGACACGGUGGGGCUGCCCAACUUGCGGGAUGAUCCUCACAAAAUGCGCCGUCUGCGCCACCGAGCUCGGCUUAUCAUUGGGCAAGAAAUGUGGGCGCUGCAGCACACGCUACUGCGGCGCUGAGUGCCAAAAACAGCACUGGGAAUCGGGCGGCCACGACACGCUCUGCAAAAAAAUAAAAAAGGCUGGUGGCGCGGAGCAGUACAACGCAAAUGAGAAGUACACGGCGGCCGUCGCGGUCGCGGCGGAGGCGUGCGCGGCAGACACGAAGGGGCAGACGUGCUACAUCUGCACGCAGGCGCUCCAUUGGAAGACGAAGGAGGGCCUCGUGCGAAUGUGCGCGUGCCGCGGGACGGCGGGCUUCGCGCACCUGUCGUGCUUGGCGGAGCAGGCGAAGCUUUUGAAUGAUGAGGGCGAGGAGAACAACUUGUCUCCCGAGGGGAGGUGGCGGCGGUGGGUCACGUGCAGCUUGUGCAAGCAAGAUUACCACGGCGUCGUGCAAUGCGCGCUCGGGUGGGCGUGCUGGAAGACGUACGUGGGCCGGCCGAAGACAUGUAGGCCUCGGGUCUGGGCGAUGACCGUGCUUGGGAACGGUUUAGGCGAAGCAGAGCAAGACGAGGACGCGCUGGUCGUGCAAGAGGCCGAGUUGUCUACGAAGCGGCGCGUUGGCGAAUCAGAAUACAACAUUCUCGUCGCGCAGAGCAAUCUAGCGAUCACGUAUGAAAAUCUGGAACGGUUGGACGAAGCCUUGCGUUUAAAGCGAGACGUAUACACUGGAUUCUUGAAGCUCUUCGGCGAAGAACAUGAACAAACCCUCCGAGCGGUCAACAACUACGCAACGUCCCUUGUUCGUCUAGAGCGCUUUGGAGAAGCCAAGUCGCUGCUACGCAAAACAGUGCACAUGGUGCGACGCGUCCUUGGAGAGAGUGACGAGACCACGCUCCGGUUUAGGUCUUCGUACGCGGCUGCGCUCUGCCAGGACGACUGCGCCACGCUCGGCGACCUCCGCGAGGCCAUGACGACGCUGGAGGACGCGGGACGGAUCGCGCGGCGCGUGCUCGGCGGCGCGCACCCGUUGACAGGGGCGAUUGAGCGCCAUCUAGAAUGGUCGCGAGCAGCGCUCGCCGCCCGCGAAGAUACUAAGAUUAAAUAAGG